AUGGCUUCUUUCGCUCGAUCAGUCAUCACAUUACUCGGGUUGUUUGCUUUCUUCUUCAGUUCUAUUUCGGCCCAUGUUUUCGUUAAACAGUGGAAAACUACCUCUUCUCUAGACUGGCAGCCGGGUCAAAAGGAAUGGAAAUUAGAAAACACAGCAUAUCGCCGAGCCUCGGACAGCAUCGGAUGGGUUGGCAGCAAGUUUCUCACUACCAACAAGGCCAUCGUUUGCGGCGCCUCUCAUACACCGAAGGGCCAAGUGGCUCCAUCCGGUGGCAAAUUCUUCUCAGAUGCCGAUGAAUCAGCUGGUAAGACGUUGAAAGUUCGUGCUGGGGGGAAGGUAUCUUUAGUUCUUCAGGGCGAUACUGGUCGUGGAUACCCUCACCAUCACGGUCAUCUCCAGGCGUAUCUUGGGAAAUGCGGCUCAUCUCCAACAGCAUGUCAAUCUUUCGAUGCCUCGACUGCGUCUUACUUCAAGAUCCAAGAAAACAAAGAUGGUGUGACACAGUUGCACAGGCAGUAUUCUUCCCAGCUCGGCGGUGAUGUUUGGGAGGUCCCGAUCCCUAAGGACAUUGCCUCAGGCAGCUACAUCUUUCGAUUCGAGAUAAUCACCUGGGGCGAAUCGGUCGAAAGCGAAGGCUAUCAGGACCAGUAUUACCCGUCUUGUGGUCAACUGUAUGUCGAAUCCGACCAUCAGGCUUCGCCAAGCAACAUACCCUCAAUCAAACUUCCGGAGGGUUAUCACAACGGAAACUUGGGACCUUUAUCAGUUUUACCAGGUCCCGCCAUGUACUCGGAAUCGCGUCGGCGAAGAUCAAUGCACCCACCCUCGAGAUCGCAUCGCCGAAAGUCAUUUCACUCCCCCUCGAAGUCGCGAGAUGGAAACAUUUGA